GCCUGUUGCUCCCUUUUCUCACCGGUAUUUGCUAUGGGAGAUUGUUCUGGAGAUUGAUCCUGAUGAUUUCUGAGGAUUGUUGUAGAGGAAUUGAGUGAGAGUCUGGUCAGGAUGGGAGAGUGUCCUGUGUCCACAGGUCCAUGGGAAUCCAGUAUGGAGACAGGAAUGAGUUGGAGGGACAACCGGAAUGGAGUGGAAGUCGCACUGCUCAAAUCAUUGCGCACCAGGUCUCCACUACCAGAGUAUCAUUGGCCGUACCAGAUCCAGCCCCAUCCCGAGUGAACCCGAGGAACAGAACCAGUUGCGCAAGUUGACGGAUGGCCGGGAGACCGCCAAUUCCCAGACCUCCCAACUCUGGACAAACCAGACAGGAAAAAACUAGGGCUAGCCACUAGGACCAAUGGGGAGCGAUUUGUGUGUGGGAAAGUGUGAAAUUUUAGCGGGAAAGUAUUUAUGUCCUCCGAGGUCUCUGUUGUCUUUUCUCCAGCUUUUUUCUCCCUCCUUCUCCCUCCUUUUUCCUCUUUCUUCCAUCCAUCUCUCUCUCUUCUCCUCCCACACCCACAAACUCUUCCCAUCCUUCACAAUGGCCGCUCCUCGUGUCUUCGCCUCUCGUCUGGCCACCACCAUGGCCGCGACCUCCAAGGUUGCCCGCCCUGCUGGCCGCAUCCAGAUGGCCGCCCCUAAGCGCACCUUCACCACCCAGCGCAAGGCCCCCAUCACCACCACCUUCCAGACCGCCAAGCGCACCCAGUCUCCCAGCCUGAUCCAGGCCAACGCCCGCCAGGUCUUCGCCAACGCCUCGGCCCGCCGCAACUACUCCUCCGAGAUCGCCAACGCCAUGGUCCAGGUCUCCCAGAACAUGGGUAUGGGUUCCGCCGCCAUCGGUCUCGGUGGUGCCGGUAUCGGUAUCGGUCUCGUCUUCGGUGCCCUCCUCCUGGGUGUGUCCCGCAACCCCGCCCUCCGUGGCCAGCUGUUCUCCUACGCCAUUCUGGGUUUCGCCUUCGUUGAGGCCAUCGGUCUGUUCGACCUGAUGGUUGCCAUGAUGUGCAAGUACGUUUAAAUUAAGAACGACCGAAAUUGAGACCGACAUAUUCUCUACCUUUUUCUCGUGAUUAUGGCCGGUUGAGACUGGAGAAAGAUCUACCCGAGGAAAAGAGAGGGAACGAAGGGAUGAAACUCCAAUGAGGAACACAAAAUCUACAAAAAAAAAAAGUACACCAAUUCCAGCAGAUCGUUGACGGAUUCAAACCCUCAUCAAUGGUCUUGUUGGUCCAGCUAGGAAAGGAGCUAAUCUGGAUGGGUGGUCUUUUUAUAUAUCAUC